GUCUCUUCCCCUGCGGGGAGCUCUGACUGCUCCCCAAACCUUCGAGGUGAUUCUCACAGCUCUUCACCUGCCUGAAACACCCACUCCACCUCCUCUACCUGAGAGAGGGACAGGCCCCAGGGACUCAAAUCUGGAUAUCUGGACAUACAUUGACUGCUCUCCUGGAACUACCCACAAACCCCUUGCCUCCUCGCCAGCCUCUAAGCUGGCUGCAACUUGCCCUUUCUAACUCCAGCACCACCCUCUGCUGAAAGUGAGUAAGGAAGAAAGUUACACUGACCUCCCUCCAUGUUCCCUGCUUUGGUGCCUGAUAAAGGUGAGAGAGGCCUUUGGAAUAGGGGCCCAGGAUCUGAGAGCCCAACUGUGCCCAGUGCACACGUUCCCACAUCCCCGGAUAAUGGGUCCCUCUUACUUGUCCCCAGUGACCCAGGAGGCAGCUAAGGACCAGGUACGCAGAUGAUCGGGUGCACUCUUUACCUCCCAGCAGCCCCCAGCUUCAGAGCUGGAGCAGCUGAGCGAGUGGGGGCUCCUCCCUCCCGCUGCCUGACACCCAAUCAGAGAGAAACCGACCCUGGCAGGGCAGGGUGCCCAACACCGGGCCCAGAAUAGUGCGGCUCAGCCACAGUGUUGCACACUUGCUCUCCGUUGGUCCGGGGCUGGCCACAUGGAGCCCGAGCUGGAGCACGCUCUGCGCAGGGUAUGAGGGUCCAGGGGAGCCGGAGCCGGGGCAGCUGAGGCCAGAAGAUUGAGAGCACACGCUGUGAAUGUGUGUGCGCACAUGGGUGUCUGUUGGUGUGGGUUUGGUCAGGAUUUUCUCGUGAAUAUGGGCAUGUGGGUGUCUGGGCAUAUGUAUUGUGAGUGUGUGCGGCUCUGUGGGCCUGGGAGUGGUUGGCUGUGUGUGUUUCUGUGUGUGUUUGUGUGUGUGUGUGCAUGGCCGUGUGAGCGUGUGUCCUGGUGUGUAUGGGUGUGUAGGCGUGCGUGCAGGAGAAGGGGAGGACCUGUGGUUUGGGGAUAUAAGGCUCUUUCCCCACGCCGUCAGAAAGUCUUCUCCACACAGACCCCUUCCUGGAGCAGCCUUGGGGAUUCUGAGCAUCAAGAGAUGAACUUCCUAGAGCAAGAAGACAGCACCUCAUGGCCAUCACCAGCCGUGACCAGUAGCUCAGAAAGAAUCCGUGGGAAACGGAGGGCCAAGGCCUCAAGAUGGACAAGGCAGGAGGCGGUGGAGGAAGGGGAGCCACAGGGUCUGGGGGAAGGUCCCCGGUCCAGGCCAGCUGCUGAGUCCACUGGGCUGGAGGCCACAUUCCCCAAGGCCAUACCCUUGGCUCAGGCUGAUCCUGCUGGGGUGGGCACUCCACCAACAGGGUGGGACAGCCUCCCCCAUGACUGCACAGCCUCAGCUGCAGGCUCUAGCCCAGAUGAUGCGGAGCUGGCCUCGGAGUUCCCAGCCACAGAGGCCUGGGAGCGUAAGCCAGAAGACCUGGUGGAAGAGAGGCCUGCCCCAAGCCGGUCCCCGGAGGCCCUGUUUCCCAAGCUGGGCUGGGAUGACGAGCUGCAGAAACCCGGUGCCCAGGUCUACAUGCGCUUCAUGCAGGAGCACACCUGCUACGACGCCAUGGCAACCAGCUCCAAGCUGGUCAUCAUCGACACCAUGCUGGAGAUCAAGAAGGCUUUCUUUGCCCUGGUGGCCAACGGUGUGCGGGCAGCCCCUCUGUGGGACAGCAAGAAGCAGAGCUUUGUGGGGAUGCUGACCAUCACUGACUUCAUCCUGGUGCUGCAUCGCUACUACAGGUCCCCACUGGUCCAGAUCUAUGAGAUUGAAGAACAUAAGAUUGAGACCUGGAGGGAGAUCUACCUACAAGGCUGCUUCAAGCCUCUGGUUUCCAUCUCGCCUAAUGACAGCCUGUUUGAAGCUGUCUAUGCCCUCAUCAAGAAUCGGAUCCAUCGCCUGCCUGUUCUGGACCCAGUAUCGGGCACUGUACUCCACAUCCUCACACACAAACGCCUGCUCAAGUUCCUGCACAUCUUUGGUACCCUGCUGCCCCGGCCCUCCUUCCUCUACCGCACUAUCCAAGAUUUGGGCAUCGGCACAUUUCGAGACUUGGCUGUGGUGCUGGAGACAGCACCCAUCCUGACUGCACUGGACAUCUUUGUGGACCGGCGUGUGUCUGCACUGCCUGUGGUCAACGAAUAUGGUCAGGUCGUGGGCCUCUAUUCCCGCUUUGACGUGAUUCACCUGGCUGCCCAGCAAACCUACAACCAUCUGGACAUGAGUGUGGGAGAAGCUCUGAGGCAGAGGACACUAUGUCUGGAGGGAGUCCUUUCCUGCCAGCCCCACGAGAGCUUGGGGGAAGUGAUCGACAGGAUUGCUCGGGAGCAGGCACUGGUGCUCAGCCCUGCUGGCAUUGAUGCUCUCGGGUCCUGAGAAGAUCAGAGUCCUCAAUCCCAAACCACCUCUACAUCUGGAAGCCAAUGAAGGGAGCCAGGGAACUCAGCCUUCAUCUUCUCCCACCCCCAUUUGCUGGUUCAGCUGUGGUUCAGGCUUCUUCAGCCUUCCCAAAUUGCCCUUGUCCUGCCUGUGCUCCCAGAAGCCCCCAGGCAUGGCCAGUGCACCAUGGGAUGAUGAAAUUAAAGAGAACAGCUGUGUCAAGCCUGAAGGUCCCUGAACCAGAAGCACUAGGAUUACCCCAGGGCCAUCUGUGCUCCAUGCCCACUCAACCCCUUGCCCCCUAACUGGGUCUGACAGCCCCAGUGGGUUUAGUCAGGGGUUCUGGACUCCUCAGCUUCUGGGCUACCUAUGGCUCCAGCCCUCAGCUCCUGGGAGUCCCAGAUGUUGUUUCCAGCAACGUUGCCAGUGCCCUCCUACUCCCCAGCCAGUGUUGUUUCAGGGCUGCUGAAAUGCUGCAUUUCAGGGGCCACCAUGGAGCAGCGGUUAUUUAUCAAACUGCCUGUUGGAGGGUGGCAGGGGUCCUCCCUCCAUUCUUGUCCAGAAAACUCCUUAGCUCUCGCAGUGAGCAGUGUUCUUAGUCUCCAGGGAUGGAUGGACCUGUAAAUGGAGCCCUGAGAAUGAGCAACUGAAAGAAAACAAAGCAAAAGGAACAAUCCAUGAACUUAGAUUUUAUAGGUUUCACUCAAAAUGCUGCAGUCAUUUGACAUGAACUUGUGGCAAGAGACUUGUGCCUUCUAAAUUCAAAGACAAGAAGGAAAAUUGACAAAAAUUGAAAGUGGCAUUUCUUUUGCAUGUAGUACUAUUCUACUGAAAUUGUUUUUUUCUCUUUUAUUUACAAGAAAAUUGUAAAGAAAAUAUUAAUUUAUUAUUUAUAUAGUAGGUACAACUCAGCCUAUAAACUCUAAUCUGCAAGAAGUAUAACUUUAUUUUUCUAACACCAAAUGUAAUUUCUAUUAGGAACCCCAUUUCACCAGGUGGUAGAAAUUAAUCUCAGUCAAUUAAGAGUUUCCCCCUGACCUUUUCUGGGGUUAAGCUCGGUGGGGUCCGGGAGGCCUUAAGUGGUGUAAGACUCUCUUCCUCAGCCAUCAUCAUCCAUCCAUGCAAGCACCCACUGGAGCAUCCGCAUCCCCAUCUGGUCAUCAGUUGGUCGUGCAUGGUCUGCCAGGAGCUUCUUCACUCCCACAAAGCCUCUUUGGGGGCCUGUGCUUGGGGCACGUGGCACAUUCUAGCUCCUGGCCCUACAUACCCUCUGGCUUCAGAAAGCUCAGUGAUUCUGUUCUAAGCCUACUGCUAAGAUAUCGGCCAAGUCCCUUGUUCUGCUCUGUGGCUUUGUUAGAGACAGAAUGCUUGUUCUUAGGUACUGUAAGGAAAAAUUAGUAUUUAGACAAAAAGUUUUCUUAGCAAGGCAAUUUUACUUUCUACAGAAAGGAUACUGCUCAUCAGCCAUCUUGCCAUGAGAGUACAACGAACGAAGGAAAGGCAGGCAUAUUUAUUCUUUAUGCAUUGGGUCUUUACUGCUGUGUCUGAUCUCUGUGGGUUGGAGCCAGACUUCACAAUCUAAACUAAACUUGAUUGGCUAACAACUUAAAACUUUUCUAAAUAGGUAAAGGCAAUGGAAAACAAAGGAAAAGAGAAAGUCUAAAUAAGGGAGAGGAAGUUGCUUGCAAAAGGACUUAGAAAAGUAAUAGUAUAAAUAUCUUGAUUAAAGUACAAGGGCAUAGAAUGUACUAUAUGCCUAUCAGCAUGUCUAGCACAAACUACAAGUCUUAUUCUUUUAUAUCUAACAGCUACAUAGGAUAGGGCUUAACAAAGAGUUACAAGUAAAAAGCAAGAAAGCUUUGAAGAAAGUCUUCAAACGAGACUAUUAUUUCUAAUAUGUAUUAUUACUGUUCCUUAACAAGAAGGGAAACUUUGAAGAGGAACUUUUUACUUUCUACAAGCUUGCUGUUUUCUCAGUCUCUGCCCAGAAGCAUGCGGUUCUUUUUUUUUUUUUUUUUUUUUUUUUUGAGAAAGAAUCUCACUCUGUCACCCAGGCUAGAGCACAGUGGCAUGACCUCAGCUCACUGCAACCUCCACCUCCCAAGUUCAAAUAAUCAAGCAAUUCUCCUGUCUCAGCCUCCCGAGUCGCUGGGAUUACAGGCACAUGCCACUAUGCCUGGCUAUUUUUUUUUUUUUUUGUAGAGAUGAGGUUUUGCCAUGUUGGCCAGGCUGGUCUUGAACUCCUGACCUUGUGAUCAGCCUGCCUUGGCCUCCCAAAGUGCUGGGAUUACAGGCGUGAGUCACCACGCCCAGCCUAGCAUGCGGGUUCUUCUACUCAGUACUUCCCUACCCUUAUCACCUCCAAACCUAUAUGGAGUAUUUGUCAUACUUUCUCCCUCUUGAGGCGCAACCCCCUUCUCAGGGCCUUUUUCUCAAGGAUUCCAGAAGUUUCAACAGUCACUUUGCUCCCCAAGCCCUGCCAACCUAUGGAAUCUUGAGUGGGGACAGAGGGCCUUUUAUUCUUUAACCCCUCAUAUAUUCUUCCAAAUGCACUGUAAGUGUCCUGAGUUCUUGCCACCGACCUUCAGAAUCAAGCUUUUGAAAUUCUGAAGCCAAGGCUCCCUUCUGCUAUGUCACCUUCCUGUGGCAAUGGGCACUGCCUGUCUGGCUGUCCAGAGGAGGGGGAGGUCACUGUCUCUAAGACAUGACCCCUUCCCCAGCCCACCGAGUGAGAAGGCAGAGGCGUGUGUACUUAAUUGGUUGGACCAUAAAUGAAGAUGUUCUCUCACUAGACAUUUUGCCAGAACCUGAGGGUCAGCGCUGGUUCUGCUGUGGUCCUGCCUGGGAAGGUCCGGGGUCCUGGGCUCAAGGGAGAAGGUUGGAGUGGGGUGGUGGUUGGGUCUGGGCCCAGAGAAGGUCUCUCCAGUGACAGUGCUCCUGAGUAGCCUGGAGCUCUGGGAUGGUGUAACAGGUUAGUCCUUUGAGGCUAUGCCGCUGGGCGACUCUGCUGUGUGCAUGAGAAGCAUCUUCAGCAUUGCUAGGACAAGCAGCGAGGAAAGCACUCUUUGCCCCUCCUGCUCCCCUUGCCUUUAUGGAAGCAGACCUCCCUCCACCUGUCUGGACACACCAUCCUAAAGACCCAGUUGUUCUCCUCUUUGGGACCUUCUGUGAGGGUGCAUGCCACCCUCCCUGUCUCUGCCCUCCUCUGGUCCUAGCCCAGCCCUUGCAGCCAUCAUGGCUGCUAGAAAAGAGUCACAGAGUUGCCACUGUGACUCUAUAAAAUGCAGGGUCCAAGCUGGGAGUGGUGGCUCAUGCCUGUAAUCCCAGCACUUUGGGAUCCACCCAAGGCAAGUGGAUCAUGAGGUGAAGAGUUCGAGCCCAGCCUGGCCAAUAUGGUGAAACCCCGUCUCUACUAAAAAUGCAAAAAGCUAGCCAGUGUGGCGGCGGGUGCCUGUAAACCCAGCUACUCUAGAGGCUGAGGCAGGAGAAUCGCUUGAACCCAGGAGGCAGAGGUUGCAGUGAGCAGAGAUCACACCAUUGCACUCCAGCCUGGGCGACAGAGCAAGACUCAAAAAAAUGCAGAUUCCAGGGCUCCAUUCCUAAGGAUACUAAUUUCCUCAUUUUGGGGUGGGAACUAAGCAACUGUAUCUAUUUUCUAUAAGUGCUAGAGACUUAUAAUUAAUAGCACACAAUGAACAUGAAACUGGGCUGAGAAAUGAGUGUGCCCCAAGCUUAUAGCUGGUCAAUCAUUUGUCACAUGAUGGGGUCUAGCUAUCAUUUAAUUAUGCUUAAGGUCUCCAAGAAGCAAAGGCUAAGGACAGUGGCCAAACAGAAGAUGUAUGACUCACUACCAUUCUCACCACCCUUUUCCCAGACAUCCUAAAAUGCAGACGUGUUGUGCAUUACCAUACCCUGCAUGUUCCUUUCGUGACAAUGGUCAAAAUUUUUAUUUGAUAUGCAUAUUAAAACUGGAGUCAUAAAUAAAGACCUGGAAACAAACUUCUAUCACCAAGCCAAAAUGCACUCCGAGCUAAAACUUUCAUGGAACCUGAGCAUGUAGAUAGCCAGGCAACACUGGGUACCCUGUUUAUUUUUAUUUACAAGAGCGCUGCCUUAGCCAGGCACAGUGGCUCACGUCUGUCAUCCCAGCACUUUGGAAGGCCCAGGAGGGUGGAUCACCUGAGGUCAGGAGUUUGAGUCCCAGCCUGGCCAACAUGGUGAAACCCUAUCUCUACUAAAAAUACAAAAAAUUAGCCGGGCGUGGUGGCAGGCGCCUGUAAUCCCAGCUACUCCGGAAGCUGAGGCAAGAGCAUCACUUGAACCUGGGAGUGGGAGGUUGCAGUGAGCCAAGAUUGUGCCAUUGAACUCCAGCCUGGGCAACAAGCGUGAAACUCCAUCUCAAAAGAAAAAAGAGAAAGAGUGCCACCUUGUUGUUUAAGAAGACAAGUUGUUUUCUUAAGACUUUGCCCAAAAAUAUGGAUCCAAAUUUGGCCAAUAAUUUCAAAUUAGUAACACCAUGUGCAUGGCCUUUGAGCCAAAGGUCUAUGUGUUGUACAGAACCAACAAUCCUUAAUCCAGUGUUGUUCUUUCUUUGUAGAAGCAGGUUGGGGUUGGCUCUCAGGGAGCCUCAUUGUGACACCUGUUCACAGUGACGCUUGGGGACCCUGAGCUCCUGAGACUCUCAGGCCCUGGAACUGUGGUCCGUCACUGGCCACUGAUGAAUUUUUUGCCAACCUUCAAACCAGGGCUGAUGUGUUUCACCCUCUAGAGAAAAAACUGCUGGGGAAGGAACUGACCCAUCCAACCUAGAGACAUUACAUAUGUGUCUGAAUGAAUCACUGUCGAAGAAAGUGAUUUCCUCAUUGAUAUUAAGUCUUGUCCAGGCAUUGUGAUGGAAUAUAAACAGAGGUCAUUUCAUGUGCAUGCGAAAGCACACAUGUACACAUGAAAUUUAUGAAAGAAGCUCAUGUACACUUAGGGUCAAUGCAUUUUUCUUUAGGUAUACUAUAUGGCAAUAAAUAUCUUUUAAAGAUUAAAAAAUAAGUAUAAAGGUAAAUCACUUUGGCCAUGGUAUAUUUCGUUUUUCUCUGUUUUGGGGUGGGAGUCUUUGAUUCUCUUCCCCCUAAUUCCAUAUUGGUGAGCUUUCCAGCGGCAGCUCCGGGAGGCAAGGUUUCACAUUGGUGUUCUUAACUCUUCAGCUCUUACAGCUUGUGUUCUGUCACUGAUGACAAAAACUGUGGGGAGUCUCUGAAGCUGUGGCUACACCUCAUCAAAGGGUGAGGAAGCACAGCCUCAUGAGGACUUUGUGACUCCGCCCAUCGGCUUAGCCCCUUCUCCUCUGCAUUUCCAAUUUCCAAUUUGAGGUUGGAUUCUAGGCCCUGUAGAUACGUAACAGGGCAGUGCUGCCUCAGACUUUCCUGUGGUGCCUCUGGUGAUCCCCAGGAAUCUUCUGCAAGUGUUGAUUACAUUGAUAUCUAUUUCUGCAAUAAUCUUAUCAAACUGAUCUUCACAGAUUUCUUUCACUUGAGAUGUAAUUAAUAUGCCAUACAAUUCACCCUUCUGAAAUAUACAAUUCAGACUAGGUGUGGUGUCUCACACCUGUAAUCCCAGGACUUUGGGAAGCCAAGGCAGGCGGAUCGCUUGAGGUCAGUAGUUCGAGACCACCGGGCCAAACCCCAUCUCUACUAAAAAUACAAAAAGUAGCUGGGUGUAGUGGCACAUACCUGUAAUCCCAGCUACUCAGGAGGAUGAUGUGGGAGAUUUUGCUUGUGCCCUGGAGGUGGAGGUUGCAGCAGGUCGAGAUUGCACCACUGCACUCCAGCCUGGCCAACAGAUCAAGACUCCCCCUCAAAAAAAAAACAAACAAAAACCAAAAUAUAAAAUUCAGUGCUAUUUCGUAUAUUCAAAAAGUUAGGCAGAGUUCGUGGUGACCACUCUAAUUCCAGAACAUCUUCAUCACCCCAAAAAAACACCCAUUCACAGUCAUUACCCAUUUUCCCUUCCCUCCACCCUUGCCAACCAACAAUCUACUUUCUAUCUCUAUAGAUUUGCCCAUCUGGACAUUUUGUAUGCAUCGAAUCAUACAAUAUGUGGUCUUUUUGUUGACUUCCUUCUGUCUGCAUAAUAUUUUCAAGGUUCAUCCAUAGUAUAGCAUGAUCAACACUUCAUUGCUUUUUCCUGGGUGAAUAAUAUUUCAUUGGGUGGCUGUACAAGGUCUUCAUGGACUUUCGCGAGAGAUCAGUUCAUUCACUGAGCUGCAAGACCAUGAACACUGACAUCAUCCUGCACAACUGCCACAAAACCCCCAACCAAGUCUCCUCACAGAGCUCCCCUCACGGAAGCACGGCCAAAGCGACUGAGGGGCCCAUGUCAUUUUGGCCCUGCUGGUUGGAAGGAGCAGCACACUGGAGAAGGCAGAAUUCCACUCUGGUUGACUUUGUGACCCAGAUCCUGGCAGUCUCAGAGCCCAGCCACAGUCUCUGCAUUUGCAAGGAGCUCUCACAGGUGGACCCACUACACAGGAGGGGUUGAGAGCCAUAUCUGUAUAAUCAGGAAUUCCUCCCAAUUCCCUCUAGGUUCCUCUUUCUUCUUUUCUUUCUUUCUUUCUUUCUUUUUUUUUUUUUUGAGAUGAAGUCUUGCUCUGUCACCCAGG